AAUGUCAUUAAAUUAGAAAAGAAAAAUAGCGAAUAGCGAUAAUGAAAAAUGAUUAUAAUGUUAUAUUGUUUAACUAAUCAUAUUUCUUGAAACUUCGUUAAUAUUUUAAGUUUAUGAUUUUUAUUACCAACAAAUAAGCAAUGUCUGAUAUUUUAAUGUUCUGUAAAUAAAUGCAACACAAGUGCUGCAGUUAGCGAAACCUACUUUAGUGAAUUAGUAUAGAAUUUGUGAUGUGAGAUAGUUUGAAAUUGGUUAUAAUCAAGAUGAGUUAUAACUCGAGUGGGAAAGGGUUCGGGUUCGCAGGGUUCAGUAUGCCUAAGCGGAACCCGUCGAAUGUCUCGCUGCAUGCCGUGCCACCGCCGCCGUCGCAAAUGAACGCCGUGCCGCCGCCCAGUGGUCUCUCCAAACAGGGCUACUCCACCAUGAAUGCCAUAACGCAGAACGCAGUCACCGGGAACUGGGGCACGAUUGGGAAGAAACGUGCUAAGACUGAGGAUGAGUAUUUUGAUGAAGAAGAUGAGCCCCCGACUCCAGCCCUCGCUUAUAUUCCUGCACCUGGAAGUCCCACUUACGAAGCUACCAGCUCUAAAGCUGAUGAUGAAGAAGACCCCUUAGAUGCGUACAUGGCGGGUCUGGAGCAACAGGCGGCGAAGGACUUGAAGACCAGCAAAGAGAAUGCAGUCACAGGGAAAGGGGACGGCGCCAGGGGCACUAGGGGAGACAUUGACGAAAUGGACGACGAAGAGAGCUAUUAUAAAUACAUGGAAGAGAACCCACUCACAACAGCUGAUGAUGGCUCAGAUGUAGAAGUAGAGUAUGAUGAAGAUGGCAACCCCAUACCUCCGCCCAAGAAGAAGAUCAUUGACCCCCUCCCGCCCAUAGACCACGCAGAGAUACAGUAUGAGCCGUUUGAGAAGAACUUCUACACUCCACACGAGGACAUAGAGAAUCUAGAUCAGCAGCAGGUUGAAGAGCUAAAGAAGAAUUUGGGUGUCAAGAUCUCGGGCCCGGACCCGCCGCGGCCCGUGAGCAGCUUCGCGCACCUGGGCUUCGACGAGCAGCUGAUGAAGUCCAUCCGCCGCUCCGAGUACACGCAGCCCACGCCCGUGCAGGCGGCCGGCGUGCCCGCCGCGCUCUCCGGCCGGGACCUCAUCGGUAUCGCCCGCACGGGGUCGGGCAAGACGGCGGCGUUCCUUUGGCCGCUCCUGGUGCACAUCAUGGAUCAGCGCGAGCUGGCGCCGGGCGACGGACCCAUCGGCCUCAUCCUGGCGCCCACCAGGGAGCUGGCGCAGCAGAUUUAUAUGGAAGCGAAGAAAUUUGGCAAAGUGUAUAAUAUAAGGUGCGUAUGCUGUUACGGCGGCGGAUCCAAAUGGGAACAAACCAAAGCGUUAGAAGGCGGCGCGGAGAUCGUGGUGGGCACGCCGGGGCGGGUCAUCGACCUGGUGAAGUGCAAGGCGACGGACCUCAGCCGCGUCACCUACCUCGUGCUGGACGAGGCCGACAGGAUGUUCGACAUGGGCUUCGAGCCGCAGGUGCGGUCGAUCUGCAACCACGUGCGGCCCGACCGGCAGGCGCUGCUGUUCUCCGCCACGUUCCCGCGGCGCGUGGAGCGUCUGGCGCGCGACGCGCUGCACGACCCCGUGCGCGUGCAGCACGGCGCCGCGGGCGAGGCGUGCCACCUCGUGUCGCAGCACGUGCGGAUAUUCAACAAACCAGAAGAGAAAUGGCCGUGGUUAUUAGAAAAUCUAGUCGAUUUCCUGUCCUCGGGAAGUGUGUUAAUUUUUGUAACUAAAAAGCUGGAAGCGGAACAAACGGCCGCCAACCUGGGCGUGCAGCAGUACGACGCGCUGCUGCUGCACGGAGACAUGGACCAGGCCGACCGGAACAAGGUCAUCACCGCCUUCAAGCGCCAGGAGUCCAGCAUACUGGUGGCCACUGACGUCGCCGCCCGCGGUCUGGACAUCCCGCACAUCCGCACGGUCGUCAACUACACGGUGUCGCGCGACAUCGACACGCACACGCACCGCGUGGGGCGCACGGGGCGCGCGGGCGUGCGCGGACACGCCUACACGCUGCUCGCGCGCGACAAGGACAAGGACUUCGCGGGCCACCUGCUGCGGAACCUCGAGGGCGUCCAGCAGGAGGUGCCUGAAGAGCUGGCGCAGCUGGCGAUGCAGUCGGCGUGGUUCCGCAAGUCGCGCUUCAAGAAGGGCAAGGGCAAGAACCUCAACAUCGGCGGGUGCGGGUUGGGCUACAAGGAGCGGCCCGGGCUGCCGGCGUACAACGACGACGCGCCGGCGGCCGUGGCGUCGUCGCCGGAGAAGGGCGGGCCGGUCACCAACCGCCUCGCCUCGCUCAAGCAGGCCUUCCGCUCGCAGUACAACCAGUUCACAGCGUCGUCGGACCACUCUUGGGAACAGACGCGACCGACGCUGGCGCCCGGCGUCAACGCGCCCGCCGCCGACGCCGACGCCGACGCGCCCGACGCCGACGCGGCCGACGCGCGCGAGCGGGUGCGCAAGAGCGGAAAGCGCAGUCGCUGGCAGUGACGCCCCACCCCACACCGACAUGUGUAAUAAAUGUAUUAUGUUGACGCGC